UUCUUCUCAAUAAUAUAAACAAAUCCAAAUGUAUCUGUUAAUCUAGUGGGGAUUGGUAUGGUAUACUUGACUUUUGCCCCUAAAAUAACUUCCUGAACAAACUGUAAAGUAGGACUACAACUUUUGUUUUGGAGGACUACAACAGGAAGUUCAGUAGAACUAUAACCCCAAUUACCCACCAUGGUGUUGCCGCAGCCAGACAAGCGUCAUGUGUGCCUGACCACAAUGGUGGUCAUGACCAGCAUGGCCUUUAUGGAUGCCUACCUAGUAGAGCAGAACCAAGGGCCCAGGAAGAUCGGGGUGUGCAUAAUCGUGCUGGUGGGAGACAUCUGUUUCCUCAUCGUGCUGCGCUAUGUGGCAGUUUGGGUCGGGGCCGAGGUAAAAACUGCCAAGCGUGGCUAUGCCAUGAUCCUCUGGUUCCUCUACAUCUUCGUCCUGGAGAUCAAACUCUACUUCGUCUUCCAGAACUACAAGGCGGACAGGAAGAGCCUGGAGACGGUGGCCCGCAAGGCUCUAACCUUACUCCUCUCUGUGUGCGUCCCGGGGCUGUACCUGGUCCUUGUUGCUCUGGACAGCAUGGAGUAUGUGAGAACCUUCCGGAAGAAGGAGGACAUGCGGGGGAGGCUGUUCUGGGUGGCCCUGGACCUGCUGGAUGUUCUGGACAUCCAGGCCAACCUGUGGGAGCCCCAGCGGACGGGCCUACCCAUCUGGGCCGAGGGACUGAUGUUCUUCUACUGCUACAUCCUCCUCCUUAUCCUGCCCUGUGUCUCCCUGUCUGAGAUCAGUGUCCAGGGGGAGCACGUCUCGCCCCAGAAGAUGAUGCUGUACCCUGUUCUUAGUCUUGUUACCAUAAACAUAGUGACAAUCAUGAUCCGUGGGGUCAACAUGGUGCUGUUCCAGGAUAGUAGGGUUUCCACAAUCUUCAUAGGGAAGAACGUGGUGGCCAUAGCCACGAAGGCCUGUACGUUUCUGGAGUACAGGAGGCAGGUGAAGGAGUUCCCUCCACAGGACCCUAGCAUGGCAGGUAUAGCAUUAGAGCUGCAGCAAGGGAACUCUGUGGGUCACAACCACGGGCACAACCAGACCUUGCCCAAUGCCACCACUAGCCUCCCCGACGAACCCUCACCGACCGAGGUCAUAGACACAUGACCCUUGCCCAUGGAUAGUUACAUCCUUUUCACACUGUAAUGCCGAGCGGAUCCAUACUGUGAUGGCUUGGGUAUUUUCUUUCACACUGUGCUUUCCAGCAACUACCAGCGCAGUACAGCUUGGCUUAGCUUGGCUUAGUAGUGUGAAAAGUGUGGCAAGUGUCUGACCCUGGGCAAAGCUAGACUGGACUAGACUUCUCAGAGCUCAGCUAGAGUGAACUAGACUUCUCAGAGCACAGGAUGACCCCAAAAAAGACUGUUUCCGUCCAAUGGGGUGGCAGAAAGAAACAUCUUUCACUGAGUCCGCUCCAGCUCAGGAAAACGGCCCAGCGCCUUGCCAGCCAGCCUACCAGAUGAACUGAUGAGAUCAUUCUGAUAAAGACUGAUGUGUUUUUCUAUUCUAUUGUGUGUGUUUCUAUACUUCU